CGACGCGUUACCCCAAUGGCCGAGAAGGAACCGCUUUAUUCGCCCUUCUUCGGCGUCAUGGGCGUCGUCGGGGCCAUGGCGUUCAGCGCGCUGGGAGCCGCGUACGGCACAGCCAAGUCCGGAGCGGGCAUCGCCGCCAUGGCCGUCAUGCGUCCAGAACUCAUCAUGAAGUCUAUCAUCCCGGUCGUCAUGGCGGGUAUCAUAGCAAUCUACGGCCUGGUGGUGUCCGUGCUCAUCGCCAGCGACAUCAAGGAAGGCUACAGCCUGUUCAAGUCCUUUCUGCACAUGGGAGCGGGGCUCAGUGUCGGUCUCAGUGGGCUCUCGGCGGGAUUCGCCAUCGGAGUCGUGGGUGACGCUGGCGUUCGCGGAACAGCGCAGCAGCCCAGGCUGUUUGUGGGCAUGAUCUUGAUUCUCAUCUUCGCCGAGGUCCUUGGUUUGUACGGUCUCAUUGUGGCCCUCAUCAUGUACUCUCGGGGUAGCAGCUGA